AUGGGCAACUUCCUGGGGCACCUGUGCCCGGCCCUGUCCUUCCUGAUCCUCGGGUUGUUCUACGCGGUGCGGCUGUCCCAGGCGCUGCUGAAGGGCCAGAGGUUCCAGUCCAUCCCUCUCGUCCAGCGGGGCAGAGGGGCGUGGGGCUGGCUAGGCCGCGUGCCCCUCGACGGCGCGGGGAAGGCCCUCUGCGGCACCGCCAUCCUCCUGGGAGAGCUCUUCUACCCUCCCGGGACCAACAAGCUGGUCCUGCUGGACUUGGGGGAUCCCGCCCGGCCCUUCCUGUUCCCGAGCGAGUGGCAGCACGUCACCAUGUUCGGCUUCUUUGCCCUGAGCGGCUGGGUGGACCUGGUGAGCUGGGUCUGGCUGGCCAGGCGGCAGGAGGGGCUGGAGCGGGCGGCCCUGGCCCUGGCCUUCCACGUGUUGGCCCUGCUGUUGCUCACCCACUCUCAGGGCAAGGAUCCCGUGGAGAACAGGGUGCACUUUCUGCUGCUGCUGCCCGCCUUCUUGAUGGCCCUGGUGCUUACUCUUGAGCUGUGGGCUCCCGACCAGCCCCAGCUCUGGGUGGCCAAGACCUGGCUGCUCCUGGUGCAGGGCUCGUGGCUGCUCCAAAUCGCCUUCAUGCUCUACCGGCCACCCACGGGCCAGCCCUGGCGAGGGGACAACCCUGCGGACCUUAUGUUUCUCUCCACCUUCUUCUGCUGGCACCUGGCCCUGGACAUGGGGCUCCUGGCCGCCGUCUACGGACUGUCUGGGCUCCGGCAUCGCCACGGCUCGCCCCGGGCUGGGGAAAAAGGCCUGGGGUAUAGGCGGUGCCACCUGGGCCCACUGGAUGAGGAGCUGCAGAAGCUGGAGGUGGAGGUGGGGAAGAUGGAGAGGGGCCCCAUUUUUGGGGCAGGGCUAUUGGAGAUCUGA